AUGCCAGACUUCCAGUUCCUCACCACAGACAACCCGGAGGAAUUCAAGAAGGGGAACUACUUGAAGCAGAUCCGCUCCCAUGCUAUGCUCAGCGUGAAGCACAACGAGCAGCAGCAACAACGCUCCAAAUCCGGCCAGGCCCCGCCAAAGCCCAGCGAGCCAUCAACGAGCAGUCGACCGGGCGCGAGCGCCAGCCCUCCUCUGGUAAGUGAGCCGCAACUUCGCGCCGGACGGCCGGUUAAGUUUGUGGACUACAACCCCACCAAGGCCGCCGAAAAGGGGUCGCGAAAGCGCUCCCUCCAGAACCAGGAUGACGACGACAGAGACGACCAGCGCGCCGUGGCGAGCAUCCCCAGGAAGUCGGCCAAGGCCCGGACGUCGUUCUUCGCACAGUAUGCGAACGCCGUGCUGAAGCCGCGCCAGGUGGGCCGCGGUGCCGACGUGCUGAACACGAUGCCCGAGUUCUCGAAUCCCAAGAUCAGCGUGUGGGACCUGAAGCGCCAGUUCGACGACCUCAUGCUGACGGAGACGAUGAAGGCCUUCUACUUCCCGGCCAUGGACGGAUGCCGGCAUGCGUUCCUGAGCACCGCUUGCAUCAAGGCCACGUAUGCCGACAUGCUCAACGGCUUCGUCGAGGAGAGCCCGGCGACGCUCUACAUCAAGGAGGAGGUGUACACGAUGAUCCGCGAGAGCCUGGUGGAUCCGAAGAGGCAGGCCGACGACGGCAUGUUCAUGUGCAUCGGCCAGCUGCUGGCAGCGGAGCUGGUCCAGGGCGAGGAGGACGUGAUGAUGACUCACGAGCAAGGACUGGAUCAGAUCGCCGAGGCCAGAGGGGGCCUGGAUCAGUUCGGCGGCCAGGGAGUCAUCGCCAACGCCCUCUCCGCCGUCGCACUGGUCUCGGCCAUCGUGCGCGAAGGCGAGGCGCCGCAGCGCUUCUUCGACCAUCUCGACCACCCAGUGGCCACGGCGACGGCAGCCCGUCUGGCCGAGUCGCCCAUCUUCUGCCCGCGCGACGACUUCUACAACAUCGCCCCGCUGUGCUCCGAGCAGACGCUCCGGAUCCUCCGGGACAUGAGGGACAUGACGAACCUGUUCGUCCACUCGGAGAAGACUGUGCGACGGCAGACGCUCCGCGGCGAGUACCCGUAUCCGCGCCAGCUCAGCUCGCAGCUGUGGAGCUUCCACAACCGCAUGCUCGACCUCCCGCCCAACACCGAUCCAACCACCUUCUUCGACCCCGUCGCCGCCGCCGCCGCCGCCGCUGCUGCGGGGAAAUGCGGUUAUGGUGGCGCCGCCGCCAAACCCGACUUCGUGUACGAGGCGUGCCGCCACGCCGCCAUCCUGUACUCGUACGCCAUCGCCGCUCGGGUCCCCAUAUCGACGGCCGGCCAAUAUUUCGAGCGCGCCUACCCGCAGAUGGCGGUGCGCGUCGACAUCGCCAAGGUCUUUGGCGACGACCAGCUAUACCCUGAUCCUGCCGCUGCGCGGCCAGCAGCCCCCAGAUCAGCCUCUUCCGCCUGCGCCUGCGCCUCCGCCAGGUGCGCCUCCAGCACCAGCUGCACGCCUCCGUCGACCGGCAGCACCACCACCGCCGCCGCCUCACGCACUGCCGCCACGCCCACAUCGCCGCCGACAAGCAACUCCACCACCACCACGACGUCGUCGUCCUCCUCCUCCCCCCAGCACCUGCCGCUCAUCACGCCCCCGCCGCCACUGCAACCCCCCCUCUGCUCCUCCACCCACCCCGCCCUCGCCAUCGUCGACGCCAUCCAGCGCACCCCCAACGCCCAAGACGCCUGGGGCGACCUCGUCGGCGUCUUGAUGUGGGUCUCGUUCGUGGCCACCGCCGCGGCGCGCGCGCCACCGCCGCCUUCGGCCCCUUCUUCUUCGGCCCCGGGGGGCUCCCCGACGUUUGGCGAACAGGCGGCGUCGUCGUCUUCGUUUUCGUCGGCGGCGUCGCCGUCUGCCAGCUCGACGACGACGACGACGACGUCUUCGGGCGCGUCACCCGCGGCAUCGUCGGCUUCGUCGGCUUCGGCGUCGUCGGCUUCGGCUUCGGCUUCGCCUCCGCCUCCGUCGUCGUUCAUGGCCGGGGUCGAUGCGAGGCGCGAUUACGAGAGGGCGCGGGCGCGGAAGAAUCUGGCGAGCGUGGCGGUCCUGUGCUUGAUCCGGUUGGCGUUUGAGCAGCCGCGGUCGAUCUUUCCGGCUUUGAGGACGUUUUUGAGGGUGCAGGGGUUGUUGAGGCGGUGA